AUCUGAUAUUUGUGUAUAUUGCAAAAUAAUUGCCACAGUGAGUAUAGUUGACAUUGGUCACCUCUAAAGUUAGGUUUGCUCUGGGAUAAGAACUUUUAAAAUCUACUCUUCAGGAACUUUCAGAUAUGCAGUACAGUGUUAUUAGCUAUAGUCAUCUUGCUGCACAUUACAUCUGUGUGAUGUGUUUAUUUUAUAAAUGGCAGUUUGUACUUUUUGACUUCUCCCCGGCCCAGCUGCAUUUCCCUAGCUGCCCCACGUCUGGCAGCCACUGACUGACCUUUCUUAACCUGCUGGUGUGUGCUCAUCAUCACAUCUCAGCUCAGGUGCCAGCUGCUCAGACAGGUCUUCCCUCCUUCCUCUCCAAAGUAGUGCUCUCUCAAACUUCAUGUGUUACUGUUUCGUUAGUGUCUUAUUGUCUAUGUAGCAUUCAAUGUUGCCUGAAGUUUGUUUUAAUGUAAACUUUGUGAGAGCAAGAAUUCUCUCUGGUUCCUUGUUGUAUCAGUUGUUGUAUCAUCUGAGCCCAAACUAGAGCUUGCUGUGUAACCAAAGCUCCAGAAUUGGUGUUGAAUGAAUGAAUGAAUAAAAAUGCAUUAUUAUAUCCAAUAUCUGACAUAUAAAGUGUUCAGUGCAUAUACUGGUAGAUUGUUAAAUGGCGAUGUGCUAACACCACAGGUCUGUCACUGCGGUGUUGGGGAUCCAGAUGGGACACUGUCCCUGCCCUUAGGUUCAGUUGAAUGGAGAAAACACACAUAGCAGGGAAGGUGCUGCAAGGAGAGGAAUUCUUUACAGACAACUUGUGGGGCACACUCCCUUGCUCAUGGCAGGAAGCGCUGGAUGGACUGAACCCACCACAGCUGGCCACGCAGCUGCUGGGGAUGCCUGGGGAAGGGGAAGUGGUCAGGUACAGGUCGGUGUGGCCACUUUCCCUGCUGGCCCUGAAGUCUACAGCCUGUGCCCUGGCCUUUACCCGGACACCUGGGUUUCAGACUCCUUCGGAGUUCCUGGAGAACCCCAGCCAGAGCUCCCGGCUGACAGCUCCCUUCCGGAAACACGUCAGGCCUAAGAAGCAGCAUGAGAUCCGGAGGCUGGGGGAGCUGGUGAAGAAGCUGAGUGACCUCACGGGCUGCACCCAGGUUGUGGAUAUAGGUUCAGGCCAGGGCCAUCUCUCCCGGUUCAUGUCCCUGGGGCUGGGGCUGCUGGUGAAGAGCAUUGAGGGGGACCAGAGGCUGGUGCAGAGAGCCCAGCGCCUGGACCAGGAGCUCCUGCAGGCUCUGGAGAAGGAAGAGAAGAGGCACCCACAGGUGGUCCAAGCCAGCCCUCGAUACUCCCCACACCACGUGGUUAGGUGGGUAGAGCCUAUGGCUCUGUGUGAAGAGCUUCUGCUUCCCCUGGACACCUCACCUCAGAGCAGGGCCCGUUUGCUGCUGACAGGCCUGCAUGCCUGCGGGGAUCUGAGCGUUACCUUGCUGAGGCACUUCUCCUGUCCUCAAGUGGUGGCCCUGGCUUCGGUGGGCUGCUGCUACAUGAAGUUGAGUGACCCUGGUGGCUACCCACUGAGUCAAUGGGUGGCUGGGCUGCCUGGCCAUGAGCUGCCUUACAGGCUGCGGGAAGGAGCCUGCCAUGCCCUGGAGGAAUAUGCAGAGCGGCUGCAGAAAUCAGGCCCUGGCCUCCGAACCCACUGCUACCGGGCAGCACUGGAGACCGUCAUCCGGGGUGCCCAGCCCGAGCUGCGUCGGCCAGGCGUGCAGGGGAUCCCCAGGAUCCACGAGCUGAAGAUUGAAGAAUACGUGCGGCGGGGACUCCGGCGGGUGGGGCUGGAUCCUCAGCUGCCACUGAAUCUGGCUGCCCUUCAGGCCCACCAGGCCCAGGAGAACCGAGUGGUGGCCUUCUUCAGCCUGGCCUUGCUUCUGGCCCCACUGGUAGAGACGCUGAUUCUGCUGGACCGGCUGCUCUAUGUUCAGGAGCAGGGCUUCUAUGCUGAGCUCCUGCCGAUCUUCAGUCCUGCACUCUCACCCAGAAACCUGGUUCUGGUGGCUACCAAGAGGCCUCUGGGUGAAGCCUUCUCUCUUCUGGAGAUGGAAGACAGCUGACAAACCCUCUCUGAAACCACCCAGCCACCACACUUGCCCAAAGAACCAGCAUUCUACGUUCCUGGAAUUCUGGUUUCUCUGUGUGAUAACAUCAUGCUAUGUAAAAAUUUAUUUUUAAUUUAUUAAACAAGUGAAAUAUU